AUGCAGAUUCCUAAAAACCACCUAGAAAUGACAUUUGAGUGCCAGAAUUUAGGGAAGCUGACGACCGUUCAGAUUGGUCAUGACAACUCAGGGCUACUAGCCAAGUGGCUGGUUGAUUGUGUCAUGGUCAGAAAUGAAAUCACAGGACACACAUACAAGUUUCCCUGUGGGCGAUGGCUGGGAAAGGGUGUUGAUGAUGGCAGUUUGGAGCGAAUACUCAUUGGAGAGCUGGUGUCCUCCAUGUCUGACGAAGAGCUGGGAAAGCAGUGCCGUACCCCACCCCAGCAGAAAUCUCCUACCACGGCUCGGCGACUGAGCAUCACUUCCCUCACAGGGAAGAACAGCAAGCCUAAUGCAGGACAGAUCCAAGAGGGAAUCGGGGAAGCCGUGAACAAUAUUGUGAAACACUUUCAUAAGCCAGAGAAAGAGAGAGGGAGCCUUACCAUUCUGUUGUGUGGAGAAAAUGGUCUGGUCGCAGCACUGGAGCAGGUCUUCCACCAUGGAUUCAAAUCGGCUCGCAUUUUUCAUAAGAAUGUCUUCAUCUGGGAUUUUAUAGAGAAAGCUGUUGCUUAUUUUGAAACCAGUGACCAGAUUGGAGACAAUGAGGAGGCCCUUUUGCUUCAGAGAUCUUCAUGCAAAACCUUCUGUCAUUAUGUGAAUGCCAUCAAUACAGCUCCAAGGAACAUUGGAAAGGAUGGCAAAUUCCAAAUUCUGGUUUGCCUGGGGACAAGGGACCACUUGCUUUCUCAGUGGAUCCCGCUGUUGGCAGAGUGCCCACCCAUUACAAGGAUGUAUGAGGAGAAUGCUCUCCUACGGGACCGCAUGACUGUCAACUCCCUUAUCCGAGUUCUACAGACAUUGCAAGAUUUCAACAUCAUCCUAGAAGGAUCGCUCAUUAAAGGAGUGGAUGUUUAGCAUGGCUUUGCUGAGAACUUCAUUAUUCCUUUCCCAAGCAAGCAAACCACAAUUGGAGACCUGUCAGGACUUGAACGUGAUGGUAGUGCACCACUGUAAGGCAAAGCUGCCAGCUGAAGCAGGAGUGGGAAGCCCAGUUUGUGCCCGUUGGGGACUGUCCUCUAAAGCUGCAGAAAGCUAAGAUGCAGUAUUGUAGUUUAUUUGAAACAGAAAUUUAGUAUAAAAUAGAGUAUUUUCAUGUGUUAGAUGUGUGUAAAUACGCUAUCUUCUUUAAGAAAUUAUAUUACUCUAAGAAAUUUUUCUUAGACUGAAUGUUAUUGUUCUGACUAUGAGUAGCUUAAACCCAGGGGAAGGACCGAGGUGGGAAGGGAUGCCGCUACUUGCUUGCAAGGAAGAAGCCAAUCAACAUGUAAAUACAGCACAAACUCAGCAGGGCUUUUUUCAGGUAUUGCAAAUUAAUACAGCAAAUAUCCUUAUGUAGCCAUUGUGAUUGUCUCACUCUUGGAAUGUUGUAAGCAUAUGGUGUUU